AUGGGCAAAGCCGAGCCGGGAUCGACCAAAUACCUCGCCAACAAGAUGAAGCAAAAGGGUCUGACGCGCCUGCGGUGGUACUGCCAGAUCUGCGAGAAGCCGUGCCGCGACGAGAACGCGUUCAAGAUGCACUGCCAGUCGGAGAGCCACAUGCGGCGGGCGCUGGAGGCCGGGCAGAACUUCAAGAGCGUGCAGGAGGACUACAGCAAGCAGUUCCUGGCCGAGUUCGUGUCGCUGCUCAAGACGGCCCACGGCGAGAAGAGCGUGCACGCCAACAAGUUCUACCAGGAGGUCAUCGCCCGCCGCGACCACGUCCAUCUCAACGCCACCCGCUGGCACUCGCUCACCGACUUUGUCAAGCAUAUCUCGCGCGAGGGGAUUGUGCGCGCCGAGGAGAAGGAGGAUGGGAUUUUUAUCGCCUGGAUUGAUGACUCGCCUGAGGCGAUGAAGAGGCGGGAGGCGGUGCGGCGGAAGGAGAUGCAGGAUAAGGGCGAUGAGGAGCGGGAGCAGAUGCUGCUGCGGGAACAGAUUCGACGUGCGCAGAAGGAUGCUGAGGCGAGGGGGGUGCUUGGGGCGGAUGGGGAGGCCGAGGAGGAGGGGAAGGAGCUGAAGCGCGAAGAAGGAGAGAAAAUCAAGUUGAGCUUUGGAGCGAAGACGGCGAAGAGUACCACUCCCGAGGACAAGGUUUCCGUGCCAGACCCAAAGAAAGAGGGUGGUGGGCCGGAAACCACAAAUGGGGCGGGCGACGGGGAGGCGAAGAAGGCGGACGAUACCAAGCCGGCCGAGACAGCAACAGCAGUGAAGCCCGUCUCGCUCAAGUUUGGUGCCAAGCCACAACCGAAAAACGUUUUCAAGAACGCCUUUGCCGGGGCCCCGAAAAAGAUCAUGGCUGCUCAACCAAAAAAGAUGAGCGAGGCGGAGAGGAUCAUGAAGGAGGAGUUGGAACGCAAGCGGAUGCGGGAGGCAGGCGGUGGCCCUCCUCAUAAGAGGCCGCGGUUCUAG